AUGGCGGCCGCGACCUCCUCCUUCGCCACGCUCGCCAUCGCCCGCCCGGCGGCGGCGGGGCCGGCGGCGCAGAGGGCGCUCCUCGCCUCGAAGGCCCCCUCGUCGGCGCUCUCCCUCCGCGGCGUCCGCGUCGCGUCCCCGGCCCUCUCCGUCUCCCAGCAGAGCCGCGCGCGCUUCGUCGCCUCCGCCAGCGCCGAACCCUAUGCACCUGAGCUUCAGUCCAAAGUUACAAACAAGGUGUACUUUGACAUAAGCAUUGGCAACCCUGUCGGGAAGAACGUUGGGAGGAUUGUCAUCGGGCUGUAUGGGGAUGAUGUUCCCCAAACCGUUGAGAACUUCCGUGCUCUCUGCACUGGGGAGAAAGGGUUCGGAUACAAGGGAUCAAGUUUCCACCGUGUCAUUAAGGACUUCAUGAUUCAGGGGGGAGACUUUGACAAGGGCAACGGUACUGGAGGGAAAAGCAUAUAUGGCCGCACCUUUAAGGAUGAGAACUUCCAAUUGGUUCAUACUGGACCUGGAGUGCUCAGCAUGGCGAAUGCUGGACCGAACACCAACGGCAGCCAAUUCUUCAUCUGCACAGUCAAGACACCGUGGCUGGACGGGAGACACGUUGUCUUUGGCCAGGUUCUUGAAGGCAUGGACAUCGUAAGGACGAUAGAGUCAUCAGAGACCGACAGAGGUGACCGUCCGAAGAAGAAGGUGGUCAUUAGUGAGUGCGGGGAGCUUCCAGUGGUCUGA